AUGUCAAAUCAAUCUAAUGAUAUAGCAGUUAAGUCUGCUGGAGAGUCGUUUGGUAGUAAUAACAGCACUGAUCUUACUGAAAAACAUCUAGCUGUGAGAAACAUUCGCGAUGAAGAAGCACAAGCCCCAAAAGAAAAAAAAUUCAUUGAGAGUGAUGCUGGUGAUGGUAGUAGAAGAGAGGAUCAGUAUUUACACGGGCCUAAAUUGGCAUUAUGUUUUGUGGCAAUCUUCUUGUGUCUUUUUCUUGUGGCAUUGGAUCAAACUAUUGUUGCCACCUUGCUUACAGUUGUUGGGAAUAAAUUUGAUGGGUUUGACAAGAUUGGAUGGUUAUCAGCAGGGUUUCUUUUGUCGAUGGCUGUCUUUGCUGCCACAUGGGGUAAAAUUUCAAUUAUAUUCGGAAGAAAGAUAACAAUGUUUAUUGCCAUUAUUCUCUUCGAAGCUGGUUCCUUAAUGUGUGCAUUAGCCAACGAUAUGAAUGUGUUAAUUGGGGGUAGAGUUCUCGCCGGUGUAGGUGGGGGAGGCAUUCAAUCGAUGGUUUUUAUUUUGAUCAGUGAAAUUGUUCCAUUAGAAGUUAGACCGCUUGGUAUGGCAGGUUUGGGAUGCACUUUUGCAGUAGCUAGUGUACUUGGACCCCUUAUAGGUGGUGCAUUUACUUCGAACGUUUCUUGGAGAUGGAGUUUCUAUAUUAAUUUGCCUAUUGGUGGAAUUGCAGCGGCAUUUUUCUUCUGGGCCUUUAACCCUCCAAAGACUAAGGGUAAUAUAAGAGAAAAGCUUAAAAUGAUUGAUUAUUUAGGUACUGUCCUUUUAUCGGCAGGCUUAGUUGUUUUCCUUUUAGCUUUGACCUUUGGUGCGGGCGAUCAAUUUUCUUGGGAUUCGGCUGCAGUAAUUUGUUGUUUUGUUUUAGGUGGGGCAGUAUUAAUCGUAUUCUGCAUUUGGAAUUUCAAGUACUCCAAGAACCCAAUUAUUCCUCCUGAUAUAGUGAAAGCAUUGGGAGUGGAUGCAUCAACACUUAUGAUAUUCGGGAUGUUUGGUUAUUUCAUGGCAAUUGUGUUGUAUGUAUCGAUUUAUUUCCAAGUUAUUCAUGGUGCUGAUGCAUGGCAUUCGGGUCUUCAUUUGCUUCCUAUUAUCAUACCCGUGGUGCUUACUUCCAUUUCAAGUGGUAUACUUAUCCACAAAACUAGGUUUGUGAAGCCAUUUGGUUUAUUCGGUGCAAUAAUGGGUCCGAUUGGGAUAGGCCUUCUUUGUUUAUUGGAUGUUGAUUCUUCUAGUUCUAGACAGAUUGGUUUAUUGAUUAUUUCAGGUAUUUCGUGUGGUUUCCAAAUGCAAGCUGCAUUGAUUUCCUCUCAAAUAUCGGCACCAAAGACACCUGGUGGUACUAUUUUGACUACAACAUUUGUUAAUUUUGGUAGAGCCGUCGGAGGUACAAUUGGUGCUGAUUUGGCUGAUGCAGUUUAUUCGGCUGCAUUUCAAAAUAAUUUUGCCACCGCUUUAUCUAAUUUAAAUGAUAAGCUGAUUUUGUCUGAAUUAAGCCAGAUUAAUGAAAGAGCAUUAGUAACUUCGACAGAUGUGAUUAAAACAUUAUCUCCCGGAGCUCAACAUUUUGUGAAAAAUCAAGUCAUGGAAGCCAUUAGGAAUGUAUUUUACAUGUCUCUCGGGUUUUCUGCUCUAGGACUUAUCGGUUGUAUAUGUACGACAAAUAAAAGGUUACCUAAGGUUACAGGUGGACAGAUGGCGGCUGACGAAGCAAAAGAAGAAACAAACGAGGGAACAACGAAUAAUAACAGAAGUAGUUCUUCAUUAAGCGACAAAAAUCAGGAUAUUCUGGUUGAUCGUUUGAACAACGAUAAUUUAGAAAAUGUGCCCGAACAAACAGAAAACAGAAGAGAAUAA